UUGCACCAAAUAUGUUGCGAAUGGGGUAGUUGGGAGGUGUAGGGACCGCCCACUCAGAACUGAUCUUUCCGCCUCUGCGACAUCCAGAGAUCCCAUAUAGACAAAAUGUGAUGACUGACCGCUCCAUAAAAACGUUCCACCUUUUACUGCGCCCGCCUACGACAUUGUCUUCCCUUUUCGAUUCCCCCUUCUAUUUCUCUCUCCAUUUUUUUGAGAUUUCGAUCCAGCCGAGUUGAUUUCUUACUAUUUCUACCUCCAUUUUUUUCUCUUUCUGCUUUGGUUUCUUUAGUUGAUUGAUCUCGUUCUCUGCUCGCGGAUUUUUCACAUCCAUCACAUCCAUGGCGACAGAAAAUCCUUUCAAUAGCAUCUUGAAGACGCUUGAGAAUCCCGAAGGGGGUGCGUUUGGAAAGUACUACAGCUUGCCUGCUUUGAACGAUCCUAGAAUCGAAAGGCUGCCAUACUCCAUCCGGAUACUUCUCGAAUCGGCCAUUCGAAACUGCGAUGAGUUCGCCGUUAAGGCGAAGGAUGUCGAGAAGAUUCUGGAUUGGGAGAACACCUCUCCCAAACAGGUUGAAAUUCCAUUCAAACCUGCUAGAGUGCUGCUUCAGGAUUUUACUGGUGUGCCUGCUGUCGUUGAUCUUGCUUGCAUGCGAGAUGCAAUGAACAGGCUUGGUGGUGAUUCCAAUAAGAUCAAUCCAUUGGUUCCAGUAGAUCUUGUCAUUGACCACUCAGUUCAGGUUGAUGUGGCAAAGACAGAAAAUGCAGUGCAGGCAAAUAUGGAGCUUGAAUUUCGACGAAACAAAGAAAGGUUUGGUUUUCUGAAAUGGGGAUCCAGUGCUUUCCAUAACAUGCUUGUUGUACCUCCAGGAUCCGGUAUAGUUCACCAGGUUAAUCUCGAAUAUCUAGGGAGAGUUGUAUUCAACACAAAUGGCUUGCUUUACCCUGAUAGUGUUGUUGGAACCGAUUCUCACACAACGAUGAUCGAUGGAUUGGGUGUUGCAGGUUGGGGUGUUGGUGGGAUAGAAGCAGAAGCCGCAAUGCUUGGACAGCCCAUGAGCAUGGUCUUGCCUGGUGUAGUUGGCUUCAAAUUAGUUGGAAAGCUGAGAAAUGGUGUGACAGCCACAGACUUGGUUUUGACUGUUACUCAAAUGCUUAGAAAGCAUGGUGUUGUUGGCAAGUUUGUGGAGUUUUAUGGGGAAGGUAUGAGUGAACUGUCUUUAGCCGACCGUGCCACAAUUGCCAACAUGUCCCCCGAGUACGGUGCAACGAUGGGAUUCUUUCCUGUGGAUCACGUCACCCUGCAGUAUCUAAAACUCACCGGACGAAAAGAUGAAACAAUUUCUAUGAUAGAAUCCUAUCUCCGGGCUAACAAGAUGUUUGUGGACUACAGUGAGCCUCAAGUUGAAAGAGUGUACUCCUCUCGUAUAGAACUCAAUCUUUUGGAUGUUGAACCUUGCAUAUCAGGUCCAAAAAGGCCACACGAUCGAGUUCCCUUAAAAGAAAUGAAAGCUGAUUGGCAUGCAUGCCUGGACAAUAGAGUUGGAUUCAAGGGUUUUGCGAUAUCGAAGGAAGCUCAAGCAAAGGUUGCAGAGUUCAGUUUUCAUGGAUCCCCAGCCCAGCUUAGGCAUGGGGAUGUUGUUAUUGCAGCUAUCACUAGCUGCACAAAUACCUCAAAUCCAAGUGUUAUGCUUGGAGCUGCUUUGGUGGCUAAGAAAGCUUGUGAGUUUGGGCUAGAGGUUAAGCCCUGGAUUAAGACAAGUCUUGCUCCAGGCUCUGGGGUUGUGACUAAAUAUUUGGAGAAGAGUGGCUUGCAAAAGUAUCUUAAUCAGCUAGGAUUCAAUAUUGUUGGGUAUGGAUGCACUACAUGCAUUGGAAAUUCAGGAGACAUCGACGAAGCAGUUGCUUCGGCAAUAACUGAAAAUGACAUAGUUGCAGCGGCUGUCCUGUCUGGAAAUAGAAAUUUCGAGGGUCGUGUGCACCCGUUGACAAGGGCUAAUUACCUUGCUUCUCCACCCCUUGUGGUUGCCUAUGCUCUUGCUGGCACAGUGGAUAUCGAUUUUGAAGCCGAACCCAUUGGGCUGGGAAAGGAUGGAAAGAAAAUAUUUUUCAGGGACAUUUGGCCAACUACCGAGGAAGUUGCAAAUGUUGUACAAUCAAGUGUGCUGCCUGACAUGUUUAGGGCCACAUACCAAGCAAUCACUGAAGGAAAUGCAACUUGGAAUCUGUUAUCCGUUCCAGAAGGAAAGCUCUACUCCUGGGACCCGAAGUCGACAUACAUUCACGAGCCUCCCUAUUUCAAAGAUAUGAGCAUGUCUCCUCCGGGGCCUCAUGGCGUAAAAGACGCGUACUGCUUGCUCAAUUUUGGCGAUAGCAUUACAACAGAUCACAUCUCACCUGCUGGUAGCAUUCAUAAAGAUAGCCCUGCUGCUAAGUACCUUACCGAACGCGGGGUCGACAGAAGAGAUUUCAACUCUUAUGGCAGUCGGCGUGGGAACGAUGAGAUAAUGGCGCGUGGCACUUUUGCCAACAUUCGCCUGGUCAAUAAACUAUUGAAGGGGGAAGUUGGACCCAAGACAAUACACAUCCCCAGUGGGGAAAAACUCUCUGUAUUUGAUGCUGCAAUGAGGUACAAAAGCGAGGGGCAUGAUACAAUCAUUCUCGCUGGUGCCGAGUAUGGGAGCGGAAGUUCACGUGAUUGGGCUGCCAAGGGUCCAAUGCUUCUGGGUGUUAAAGCAGUUAUAGCAAAGAGCUUUGAGCGUAUACAUCGCAGCAACUUGGUCGGUAUGGGCAUUGUUCCUCUAUGUUUCAAGGCUGGGGAGGAUGCCGAGUCUCUCGGGUUGACUGGGCACGAGCGUUACACCAUCGAUCUUCCAAGCAAUGUGGGUGAAAUCAGACCUGGUCAGGAUGUGGCUGUGGUGACAGACACCGGGAAGUCGUUCCGUUGCGUUCUAAGAUUCGACACAGAGGUGGAACUGGCAUACUUCGAUCAUGGCGGAAUUCUGCAAUAUGUGAUUAGGAAUUUGAUCGACGCAAAGCACUAAGCAGCAGAGGGGGGAGUUAAUUCUUUAACUUCUUCCAUGCCAAUAUUUUUCAUCGUGAGAAAAAUAGUAGAUGUGGGUUCAGCUUGGAGCACUGAACUUCUGAAUAAAAUGGGGCAAUUAAAUGGCAAUUACAUACGUUGAUGAUAGUUUAACAAAGUUUGUUCUUUCAGAGAAUUGUUUGGAAUUUUCAAGUUCUUCAUUUCAAUGAUUGAUGAAAUAAUUUGAUCAAGUUUUAUGGAAUAGAUGGACGAAGAGCAGAUAUUUAGUA